GCUUUUACUCCUGAGCUUUUACUGCUCAGGUUACCUGAGCUUAGAAUCCAGGCAGCUGGAUUGGUCUGGGCUGCAGUUAUCCGAUGGCUCCUGCAAUGUUAACCGGCUUCUUUCCUCUGUGUGUGUGCCUGCUGCUGACACCAGGCUUCGCUGGGGCGGGCAAGCUGCUGGUGGUACCCAUGGAUGGGAGCCACUGGUUUACCAUGCGUUCAGUGGUGGAGAAACUCUCCCAAAGGGGGCAUGAGAUGGUCCUAGUCAUACCAGAGGUGAGUUGGCACCUGAGCAAUUCAUCCAAUGUUAUAGUAAAGACUUAUCACACGGCUUACACUCUGGAGGAUUUGAACGUUGAAUUCAGGAAAUUCUCUGAUUUUCAGUGGAAAGUUCGGCCACAGAGUCUACUUCCUAUGUUAAUAAGUUCAGCCAACACAGUUUUUGAUUACUUUUUUUCACGCUGUAAGAGCUUGUUUGAGGACAAGAAAUUAGUAAAAUACUUAGAAGAGGGUUCUUUUGAUGCAGUGUUUCUAGAUCCUUUUGAUAUGUGUGGUUUGAUUAUAGCCAAGUAUCUCUCACUCCCAUCUGUGAUCUUCACCAGGGGAGUUUUCUGCCAUUAUUUUGAAGAAGGCACUCAGAGUCCCCUGGCCCUUUCUUAUGUUCCGAGAGCUUUUUUGGAAUUCUCUGAUACCAUGACUUUUGAGCAGAGAGUGUGGAAUCUUAUCCGGCACUUAGAGGAAAGUUUAUUUUGCCACUAUUUUUACAAAAAUGUUGAAGAAAUUGCCUCUGAGAUUCUCCAGACGCCUAUCACAACAUCUGAGCUCUUCAGUCAAGCAUCAAUUUGGUUGUUACGAAAUGACUUUGUUUUGGACUAUCCCAGACCAGUGAUGCCCAACGUGGUCUUCAUCGGUGGCAUCAACUGUCAGGAGUCCAAUCAAAAGCCGUUGUCAGAGGAAUUUGAAGCCUAUGUAAAUGCUUCUGGAGAACAUGGAAUUGUGGUUUUCUCUUUGGGCUCAAUGGUCUCAGAGAUUCCGGAGCAGAAAGCUAUGGAAAUUGCUGAUGCUUUGGGCAAAAUACCUCAGACAGUCUUGUGGCGGUACACGGGGACUCCACCACCGAAUCUUGCGAAGAAUACAAAACUUGUCAAGUGGCUGCCCCAAAAUGAUCUGCUUGGUCACCCAAAGACUCGGGCCUUUAUCACACAUUCCGGCUCCCAUGGUGUUUAUGAAGGAAUAUGCAAUGGCGUUCCCAUGGUGAUGAUGCCCUUGUUUGGUGAUCAGAUGGACAAUGCAAAGCGCAUGGAGACCCGGGGAGCUGGAGUGACCUUGAAUGUCCUGGAAAUGAGUUCGAAAGAUUUAGAAAAUGCCCUGAAAGCUGUCAUCAAUGAAAAAAGCUAUAAGGAAAACAUCAUGCGCCUGUCCAGACUUCACAAGGACCGCCCCAUAGAGCCUCUGGACCUGGCUGUGUUCUGGGUGGAGUUUGUGAUGAGGCACAAGGGGGCAUCCCACCUGCGCCCUGCAGCCCAUGACCUCACCUGGUACCAGUACCACUCUCUGGAUGUGAUUGGCUUCCUCCUGGCGGUCGCGCUGACAGUCAUCUUCAUCACCUUUAAGGCCUGUGCCUUCGCCUUCCGGAAAUGCUUCGGGAAGAAGGAGCGAGCGAAGAAAUCUCAUAAAUCCAAGACACACUGAGAACUGGGUUGGAAACUUUAGAGAAAGGUUAAAUUCAUGUUAUGCCUACUCAAGAACUACUUUCAGAAAAUGACGCCCCAGAGUGUGUUUUGAAAAGUAAAAAUGAUCCAAUCCCUAGUCACAAACACAGGUAGAGAUAUUUGAGUCUCUUUGCUGCUCCCUCCAGUACUUUAAUCUGGACUUCACUUGUCAUCUUUCAAAUGACUUAAGAGAACUGGUAGGUCCUUCCUUCAACCUAUGAUACUUUUCCUGCUCAGAAAUGGGACCUGUUUGGGAGCCGCGUCUUCCUUCCCCUGCCCCCAGGAAUACAUCCAGCAUCUGUAGACACAUUCCCUCACCAAUAACGGCUGGUUCUAAAUUAUGCUUAUGCUUCAGAGAUGUCCCUGUGCAUCUAAAUAAGGAGAUGUCUCUUCCUUGUCCUUGAUGUGCUAUGAAUGAAUGGUAUAGAGUUCUUCUAAGACAGUGUAUGGUUUCUGCCUUUAGUGGGAAAAGAAUGACGUAUAAAAUUGGUGGGUGAUGUGCCUGAGUAGAUAAUCAUUGCUUGUGCCAAACAGAUCUGAAUUUGGAAGAUGCCUAAAUUAUAGUGACUGGAAAGUAUAUUUUUUCUGAUGUGAUAACUAAAAAUGCAUUAAUAAAUUUAUGUCAAUUAUAUUUGUUA